UAUAAACCCAUGGAGCCGGGUGCGCACGUGGGUGACGCUGCAGGGCCAACCCUCUUCGGGGUCCCUUUUGUUGAAGCAUCAAACAUAAGCACCUUUGGGAGUCCCGAGGGGCUCAGAUGAGAAUCAGCUAUCAUCUUGUUCACGGAGCGCUCUAUACUGAUCAGCGGAGCAGCCAUGUCGAGGUCUUUUUACGUCGAUUCUUUAAUCAUCAAGGACACGGUGCGACCUGGACCGCCCGAGCAUCCAGGACAAGACUUCCUCCUGCCCAUCAGCAUGCACUCUCCUGGCAUGAUGACGGUCAGUGCUCCGGUGUGCCCGUCCAGGAAGAACGGGACAUUCUGUGUUUGCCCGCUUUGCGUCACGUCCCACAUCCACCACUCGUCCCGCAGCGGCAUCCCCAUGCUGAAGAGUCAGUUUCCAGGAGCAGAGGCGCAGUACUGUCAGAGGAUAGCGCACCCUGGACAUACACCUGUCUGCACGCCCACCUUCAGCGUCACAGACCCCAGGAGAUACCACUGUCUGUCUAUUGGCGCCUCAGAGAGCAGCCACAUACAGAACGGAAAGAGGAUGCGCACAGCUUUCACGAGCACGCAGCUCCUGGAACUUGAAAGGGAGUUUUCCACGAACAUGUAUCUGUCCAGACUCAGAAGAAUCGAAAUCGCCACGUAUUUAAACCUGUCAGAGAAACAGGUGAAGAUCUGGUUUCAGAACCGCAGAGUGAAGCACAAGAAGGAGGGCAAAGCCACGCAGAGAAGCGCGCACAGCGGGUGCAAGUGCACGACCGCGCACACGGACUAUUCACGCUCAGAGGAUGAGGAGUCUCUAUCUCCGGCCUCCACCACAGAGGAGAAGGAGGUGUCACCCAUUUGAGAGAGACGAGUCUCAAGUCCCGCACGUCCCGGCUGGCACUUAACUCUGCCCCUGUAACAGUCAUUGGUUAUGUCAUCAAGCGACCUCUGGGCCGAAAAUCUCUUGCAUGAAGUCUGAGCAGAAAUGUUGUUUUUCAUGUUUCCUACUUUUAUAUUAAAGUCAAAAUGGUGAAAACUGUCGUAAAAUGUUGGGAAACGUUACCCCCCUCAUCCUGCUGUU